AUGUCUAUCUGUUUAACAAAAACUAAGAUUAUUGCUGGAAGUGUUGAUGGAACUGUAUACACAUUUGACAUCCGGAUUGCAUGUUUGAGCUUUAAAGUUUCUUCUGUUUCCAGAGAAUUAUCUGAUGAUUUGGGGCAACCUGCAAACUGUAUCUCUCUAUCAAAUGAUGGUAGAUUUGUAUUAGCCAGUUGUCUGGAUUCUAGUUUGCGCCUUUUGGACAGAACUAGUAGUGAAUUACUACACGAAUAUCAGGGGUGUUUAGCAAGAUAUUCAAUCACUCCAUUUUCAGUUGCUUAUGUUAAUGCUGAAGCUAACUAUUCAGGGAAUCCUUACCCUGCAAGUUAUGACAUUAGUUCCAUGAAUAAAAUGAAUCAUAUGCAACCUGUUGCAGAAGGUUACCCUCAAUAUGGGCCUGGGUCUGGAUCUUGGGGAUCAUAUGAUAUGCAAAGGGAUCAAGAACACAAAUAG